CCGAGAUACAUAUAAUUAUUAGGCUAUCAGCUUAGUCUCUUAGAUAAAUUCCUCAGAACCAUGUUCCUCAUGAAUCUCUUCCAGGCGAAAUACAUCGGUUUGGCUCUGUUGCCUAUGAUCAGUAUUCUCCAUUCCGGUCAGGUUGUACUUGCAGAUGGUCGAGAGGUCAAUUGCAAGGCGCAUUUCGACAGUGAUCCCAGCAAACCGGAUGUUGGCUGCUGGCCGGACAAUCAGACGAAGUUUACAUGCCCACAAACUUCCUGCAGGUCAACUAGGUUUCCAGACCAGCAUUUUGGUCAAAUGGUGUUUUUACAUUGCCUGAAUGAAGAUGUACCGGUGUUCGACGUGACAGUGCAUCCACGGACGUAUUACCAUUACCCCAAGGGUGACCGAAAGUGGUAUUUUGGUCGCAACGGAUUUGUUGCUGCUUUCGACACGAAAACUAAACUUUGGUAUAACUGCCUAUAUGACGGCAGAAAGGAUAACCAGGAUACCUAUACCUGUUCGGAUUGCAAGGAGGCAUCAUGA